CUUCCAUUCUGGGGUAUCACUCCGACCCAGUUAUGCCCUAAUUGGUGGCAGACAUUGAUUGCCACUCUCAUUCUAGAACCAGGCGAGAAAUCUCGAGCUUAAUGUAGAGCAGUUCAACUCCCUUUUCACAUUUAAAAAAGAUAGAAAGGACUCCGGUUGGUGGUAUACUGGCAUUAGGCCUAGCCCGAUGGGUCCUUAGUGUUAGAUACCCUUUCCUUAGUCAAGAAAUGGAAUGAUGAGUUCUUCAGUGUGUUGGGAGAAUGGAAGUUCCAUCCCGCCGAGGUGAAUAGAGAGGAUGUCAUUCCCACUCUCUGUCACUCAUUUUGUAAGUGGAAGCCUUCUAAAUUUUUGUUGAGCUAGCUAAUAGAACGUUUCUAUCUCUCUUUCUUUUUUUUUUCUUGCAGGUUUACAAGGAAAUGACUUUGACCUCAGCUACUUAGAGAUGAGCUGAAGCAGUCAGAGCUUUGCACAAGGGAAGAAGAUUUUGCAAGUUUUUGAUUAUUGACUCCAACUUGUUCCAGGCAGGGUUGUUUCAAUCUAUUUCCUCGACCUCAACAACAGCCAGUGCUUCUUCUUCAGCUCUUACUAUCUCUAGUUGAGAUCCAGGUAUGUUGGUGUAUAAGGCUGCGUAGGCAGUAGUUGGAAAUAAGAGCAAAAAGAGGGAGGCCCUAAUUCAGGUUGAAAGCCAACCUCCCAUUACUGAGGCCGAGGCUUAGGAGAAGAUUCAACCAUUGAAGUAUAACCACUCGAGGUAUUGCCACCUGGGGAGCAUAUAACGGUCUUAUCUCCAGAGCGAUUUUCUCUAGUAUUGUCCAUACAGGGGCCGAGCUUUGCGCCUUUUCCUGGUCUUCCUAUUGCUUGGGCUAGCCCUUCCAGGUCACAAUAGAGGUGCCUAGACUUGCAAAGGCUAAGUUUGGACGGUUUGGUGGCCUAUCAACCUCACAUUCUUCUGGACUUUCUCCGCACUCUAUCUCUAUUGAGAAAGUCCAAACUGUAAUCCCAUCUAUCCUCAACAAAUUAGCCAACCUUCUCAUGAGGAGCUGGAAUGAGAAGGAGUAGAGCUUUUUCACGAAAAUGCUAGUUGGGGAGGUGUCAUAUCUAUCCAGGCCACAACCACAAACCCAUUUUGUAUAUGAUGUUUGUGGCUGAUAAAGUACAAUACUCACUUCAUUCUUUAGGGCUCAAACUCUACUUUCAUAUUGUUCCAGGUGAAGGCUAAGCUCGAUAAGAUGCUUGAGGUUAAGAACCAAGCAGUAGGCCUCUACGAGAGCAUGGAGGUGAAUAAGAUGAGGUUCACUGAAAGAGAGAGAGAAUAUGAAGAUUGCCUUACAAAAAUGGGAAUAGAGUUAGAGGCAAAAUUGGCUUUGGAGCUGAGGUUAAUGGAUGAUAAUGAAGUCUUAAAGAUGCCAGAGAAGAAGGCCUGUCAGCGAGUAGCUACUGCAAAGAAGAAGGCUGAAGAGGAGCGAGCUUGGGCUGAAGAGGAGCGAACUCGAGCUGAUGAUGUAGUGAAGAGAGCUGAAGAGGCCACCAAGAGGGCAGAGGAGGCUAAGGCCAAGGCCAUCAUUGUAGUCGAUCUUUGGAGGACCUCUCCUAAGUUUGAUGCCUUAGCUCAGGACACUUAUAUGGUAGCUCUGGAGGAGAUAGUGAAACACAUCGACAAGGAGAGACCGAACAUCGAUACUGUCUUCUUGGUGAAGGUUCUGGACAAGCAUAAGGAGGAGCUUUAGAAUCUAUCUGAAGCGACGGGGGUUUCCAUCCUGAUGAAAAUAUCAAGGAGAAUGCCCUCGUCCUUCAAGAUCCGCCACCA